CAGCCCUUUGAGACACUUGUGAUUUAGGGCUAUAUAAAUAAACAUUGACUGAUUGAUCGUUGUUGUAUUCCAAAAAACAAAAUAGGACAUGUUUGUUACUGGUAACUUAUUUAACAACAAGUAGUAGAACAUGGAUGGACGGAUGGGAUUAUAUAAGUAUGUACCUGAAACAGGAUGACGAAUCUGUAAAAGUAACGUUCUUAUUGGUCCGUACUAAUUUACAAACACAUUUAUUUAUUCAACGCGGGUCAUCGUCUUCGCGUCCAUCAACGAUCUUCGUGAUUCUGAGUCAUGGGGAACCGGGAAAGCAGGAAGUGUCCGUGUUGUCGCCAAAAAUGGACUUCAACGACACCGAAGAAAAUGGAAACGAAUGGUGUGAUUUUUGCUCAAUUGCCAGGGGCCAAGACGACGAGGCGGACGUUUUAAAAAAGACCAAGGAUCUGGUGUGUUUCCGGGACAUUUGCCCUGCUGCUCCUCAUCAUUACCUGGUUGUUCCCACUCAGCACAUAGAAAGUUGUUUCUCGCUGAACAAUGGACACAUCAAACUCGUUGAACGCAUGGCUGAAAUGGCGAGAGCAGUACUCCUUGACAGCGGUGUCACGGAUAUGAAGGAUAUCAGGCUGGGAUUCCACCAACCUCCUUACAUCUCAGUGAGACACCUCCACCUCCAUGUUCUGGCCCCGGCUAGUAGGAUAUCAGAAAGCAUGCUGUAUAAAUUCCUACCUGGAACGUCGUGUUUUGUUAAUGAAAAACGGCUAAGGAAGCGCCUAAAAGUGAAAAAGUGGCCCCCCAUCGAUUCAGUACCCCUCAAUGCAACUUGCUGCUUGACUUCCUCACAGAGCCCAGUCUGUGAGAGUGGGCAACAACACCGCUAGUGCCGUCUCCCUGAGCACC